CUGUAAGUAAAUGUCAGCCACGCCCCUGCCAGCUGUUGACAGACAGUGAGCUAGUCAAUGAUUUCCUAUGAGACCAGAAUAAACAGCAGAUUAUCGAACUGACAGCCUGGAUCAAAAACAACAGAAUAACCCACCAACAAGUCAAAUCUGCAGUUGAUUUCUGUGCGGACGGAGGAGGGAGAGAGUCGUCACUCUCAUUUCCCAUCGAGGCUCGUCCUGCGAGUCCUGCAGCAGCAUAAAGCCACGUGAGGAGGAAGGAGGGAGGAGGGAGGAGAGGAGGGAGGGAGGACCGGGACAGCCCAGGUUCCAGGCGUGUGUGUGUGUGAUCACCACCUCUGUCAACGAUAGACCGGAGGACUGAGACAGGUCUGGAGGGACAACAGCACAGAAACCUCUACUCAGGAUCCAGCCAUGGAGGGAAAGGAAGAGAUGGAAAUGUUGGCAAAUGCCAAACCCCAUAAAAAUGGGGGUUUACGUGAGGUCAAAGAUGAGGAUGACAAAAAGACUGGAGAGAAGAAGAAAGAAAAAGGGGCAAAGUUACCCAUGGUUGGCCCCCUUGCUCUGUUCAGGUUUGCGGAUGGCAAGGACAUUGUGUUGAUCUUUAUGGGGACAGUGAUGUCCGUGGCCCACGGGGCGGUGCUUCCUCUCAUGUGUAUAGUGUUUGGUGACAUGACAGACAGCUUUAUAAAGGACUCCAUGACGUCUCACAUCAACAUCACCAACAUCACCAACCCCAAUUUCACCUUCACAUAUCCAAACAGCACCUUACAAGAGGACAUGCAAAGCUUUGCCAUCUAUUACUCCAUCAUGGGGUUCGUCGUAUUGGUGGCAGCCUAUAUGCAGGUUUCCUUCUGGGCUCUGGCAGCUGGGCGGCAGGUCAGACGCAUCCGCAAGCUGUUCUUCCACCGGAUCAUGCAGCAGGACAUCGGCUGGUUCGAUGUCAAUGAGACAGGAGAGCUGAACACACGUCUCACAGAUGACGUCUAUAAGAUCCAAGAGGGUAUUGGAGACAAGGUGGGGAUGCUGAUCCAGGCCUUCUCCACCUUCAUCACAUCCUUCAUCAUUGGCUUUGUCAAAGGCUGGAAACUCACUCUUGUCAUCCUGGCCGUCAGUCCCGCGCUGGGCAUUUCAGCCGCGAUUUUCGGCAAAGUGCUGACCAACUUCACUGCCAAAGAGCAGACUGCUUACGCCAAAGCUGGUGCUGUGGCAGAAGAGGUGCUCUCUGCCAUCAGGACAGUGUUCGCCUUCAGUGGUCAGGACAGAGAGAUUAAAAGAUAUCAUAAGAACUUAGAGGAUGCGAAGAACAUGGGAAUAAAGAAGGCGAUUUCUGCUAACAUCGCCAUGGGCUUCACCUUCCUCAUGAUCUACCUGUCCUAUGCUCUUGCCUUCUGGUACGGCAGUAUACUCAUCAUGAGUAAGGAGUACACCAUUGGAACUGUACUCACCGUGUUCUUCGUUGUGCUUAUUGGAGCGUUCACAAUGGGACAGACCUCUCCCAACAUCCAGUCCUUUGCCAGCGCCCGAGGAGCUGCACAUAAAGUGUAUAGCAUCAUUGAUAAUCAACCGUGCAUCGACAGCUAUUCAGAUGACGGCUUCAAGCCUGACUCAAUCAAGGGAAACAUUGAGUUCAGGAACAUCCACUUCAACUAUCCCUCGAGGCCAGACGUCAAAAUUUUAAAUAACAUGUCUCUGAGUGUGAAGAGUGGACAGACCAUUGCCUUAGUGGGCAGCAGCGGCUGUGGUAAAAGCACCACGAUCCAGCUGCUGCAGAGGUUCUACGAUCCUCAGGAAGGAUCAGUAUCAAUUGACACUCAUGACAUCCGUUCUCUUAACGUCCGCUACCUGAGAGAGAUGAUCGGAGUGGUUAGUCAAGAGCCCAUCCUCUUUGCCACCACCAUUGCCGAGAACAUCAAAUACGGCCGACCUGAUGUGACGCAGCAGGAGAUUGAGCAAGCUGCCAAGGAGGCCAACGCUUACGACUUCAUCAUGAACCUUCCUGAUAAGUUUGAGACACUGGUCGGAGACCGAGGAACUCAGAUGAGCGGUGGACAGAAGCAGAGGAUUGCGAUUGCUCGAGCUCUGGUCCGCAACCCCAAAAUCCUCCUGUUGGAUGAAGCAACAUCUGCUCUUGAUGCUGAGAGCGAGACCAUUGUGCAAGCUGCACUCGACAAGGUCCGACUGGGUCGUACCACCAUAGUUGUGGCCCACCGCCUCUCAACUAUCAGAAAUGCUGACGUCAUUGCUGGCUUCCACAAAGGUGAUGUUAUAGAGCUGGGGACUCACAGCCAACUGAUGGAAAAACAAGGCGUCUACUAUACACUGGUCACCAUGCAGACCUUUCAACAAGUCGAGGAUGGGGAAGAGUCUGAAUACGAGCAGGCUGAGGAUGAAAAGAGCCCAUCAGUCAAGUCCUUCUCUCAGUCGUCUCUUUACAGGAGGAAGUCCACAAGAGGCUCCUCCUUUGCUGGCUCAGAGGGAGAAAGAGAGGAGAAAGAAAAGUUGAGGGAUGUAACGGACAGGGCAGAGGAGGAUGAAAAUGUUCCCCCAGUGUCUUUCCUCAAAGUGAUGCGUCUCAACCUCUCUGAGUGGCCGUAUAUGGCGUUGGGGACCUUUUGUGCCAUCAUCAAUGGAAUGAUGCAGCCUCUGUUUGCGGUCAUCUUCUCCAAAAUCAUCGCUGUGUUUGCAGAGCCAAAUCAAGAGAUUGUCCGGCAAAAGUCUGAAUUCUUUUCCCUCAUGUUUGCUGCAAUUGGAGGUGUAACUUUUGUCACCAUGUUUCUACAGGGUUUCUGUUUUGGUAAAUCUGGAGAGCUUCUGACCCUGAAACUGAGACUCGGGGCCUUUAAGUCCAUGAUGAGACAGGACCUUGGCUGGUUUGAUAACCCCAAAAAUAGCGUCGGAGCACUCACUACAAGACUGGCUACAGACGCUGCACAAGUACAAGGGGCUACAGGAGUACGCAUGGCCACACUGGCCCAGAAUAUAGCCAACCUGGGCACCAGUAUUAUCAUCUCUUUUGUGUAUGGAUGGGAACUGACCCUGCUCAUCCUUUCUGUGGUGCCCAUCAUGGCGGUGGCCGGAUCUGUGCAAAUGCAGUUGCUCGCCGGACACGCUGCCGAAGACAAGAAGGAGCUGGAGAAGGCUGGAAAGAUUGCUACAGAGGCCAUCGAGAAUAUCCGCACUGUUGCCUCUCUCACCAGAGAACCCAAGUUUGAGUCUUUGUAUCAGGAAAACCUCCAUGUGCCAUACAAGAACUCUCAGAAAAAGGCCCAUGUGUAUGGUUUUACCUUCUCCUUCUCCCAGGCCAUGAUCUACUUUGCCUAUGCGGGCUGUUUCCGCUUUGGAGCUUGGCUCAUUAAGGAAGGAAGGAUGGAUGCUGAGGGGGUAUACCUAGUGAUUUCAGCUGUUCUGUUCGGUGCCAUGGCCGUCGGCGAGGCCAACUCCUUCACUCCCAACUACGCUAAGGCCAAAAUGUCAGCUUCCCACCUCAUGAUGCUGAUGAACAGAGAGCCCGCCAUUGAUAAUCUCUCAGAGGAGGGACAGUCACCGGACAAAUUUGAUGGUAACGUGCGUUUUGAUGGUGUUAAAUUUAACUACCCUUCACGCCCUGAAGUACCCAUCCUCCGAGGGCUCAACCUGAAGGUGAGCAAGGGAGAGACUCUGGCCUUGGUGGGGAGCAGCGGCUGUGGAAAAAGCACAACCAUCCAGCUUCUGGAGAGGUUCUACGACCCCAUGCACGGGAAAGUGGAGCUGGACGGCAUAAGUGCAAAACAGCUGAACAUCCACUGGCUGAGAUCCCAGAUAGGCAUUGUAUCUCAGGAGCCCGUGCUGUUUGACUGCACCUUAGCUGAAAACAUCGCCUACGGAGACAAUAGCCGCACUGUAACUCUGGAGGAGAUACAGGCGGCUGCUAAAGCGGCCAACAUUCACAGCUUCAUAGAAAACCUGCCACAGGGGUAUGACACUCAGGCAGGUGAUAAGGGGACCCAGUUGUCAGGUGGUCAGAAGCAGCGUAUAGCCAUAGCCCGAGCCAUCCUCCGCAACCCCAAACUGUUGCUGCUGGAUGAGGCCACCUCUGCACUCGACACUGAGAGUGAGAAGGUGGUGCAGGAGGCGCUGGAUCAAGCCAGCCGGGGCAGGACGUGUAUCGUUGUGGCUCACCGUCUGUCCACCAUCCAAAACGCAGACCGCAUCGCUGUCUUCCAGGCAGGAAUUGUGGUAGAACAGGGGACACAUCAACAGCUGCUGGCUAAGAAAGGCAUCUACUCCAUGCUGGUCAACACACAGAUGGGUCACGAGAGGGAUUGAGAGGACACGGGGAGCAAUACUACACUGAUUGUUUUUUCAACUUUAUGUUUCCAAACGGCUGGACUAAACCCUUUUUAUCAUCAACUCCCUGCCUCAUAUUCAAAGUUGUACAUAAUCAGACUGAGCAGCUUCAGAGGAGCAGUUGGUUAUUUAUUGAAUGUACCGACUAUGACUUCAGAGAUUUGACUCAGUGAUUUUUUAGCCGCAUCAGUUAUAUCUGUGAGUUACAAAUGUUUUCACAGAAGGCAGUUUGACAUGUGACAGGAGGAAAAGCACAGGAGUAAAUAAUAAUUAAUAAUAGCUCAAUUCAAUGUUGCUGCUUUGGCUUCAGGGUUGAUUGUUGAUGUAACACCUGUGCUUUUUCCUACUACAAGUCAAAAUAUCCACUGUGAAAAAUGCAUAUUGUACCCUCUCACAUUUUUUUUUCUUCUUUUAUUAUUCAUUCAAGUGUGCACCUCAUAAAGCUUUAUGGCCAGUCCUUUGUUCUCUUAAGGUGGAGCCGCUUGAUGGAAACAAACCUUAGCUGUUGUUGAUUUCUGGUGCCACCUUCUAUUAAGUGCCAGAUACUUAUGACAAGUGGACAUUAAUUAAAAUUAAAAAUACACUGGAUUACCUCUGGACACUGGGAUCAUCACGAAUAUGUUUUGUUCUACAAUAGUUUGGAUUUAGGUAAAGUGUUUAUUGAUUGUGAUGAUACAGUUCAACUUUUUUUCUACAGUCUGAGUUAAUAAUCAAGCAGAAGUGCCUGAACAGUUUCACCCAGGAAAAUAUUGUGUACACAAGGCUGAGCAGCACUUUGGCUGCAAUCACUAAGAAUCCUAUUUUGUUUCAAAGAAAUGAACAGAAUUACUAACCUAUUUGCAGUAUAUGCUUAUAUGUAACUAUUAAAGUUUUAUAUUCAAUUAUUGAA